AUGGUCGACCAGAUUCGCAAAGGGAACGUGUCAAACAAGUCGUUUAGUAGGAAAGGGUGGAAAUUCAUUUGUGAUAACUUCCGCAUCCAGACAGGUUACUGGUGGGAUAACGAGCAGCUCAAGAGCCGUUAUGUCACCUUAAAAAAACUGUAUAGCAAUGUGAAUUUGUUACUCGACCAUCCGGAUUUCAAGUUGGAUGAAAUAACUGGUUCGGUAACAGCCACCGAUGAAGCAUGGGAUAGAUACAUUAAGGAACAUCCGGAUGCCGAAACAGUGAGAAGCACAGGCUGUCCCAUAUACAACCAGCUGCGGACGAUAUUUGCCGAGCCAAGGGCUCACGAGGAAAUAAACGGGUCAGUAAAAGACAACUAUGUAAUUCCAUCUCCUAGCUACCCGGCCGUGAAGCUAGAGGAGCUGUCUCCAUCCGAGUCGGAAAAAUGCGCUGACGUGUCCAGUCGAAAGAGAGGGCGUAAAGGGAUUGAGAAUGCUAUUGCAAGAGGGAUACUAGAGAUGGCUGCAGCAAGCAAGCUCCGGGCAGAGGCCAUAAACAAGUUCAACGGAAGAUUUUCGAUUACGGACUGUGUUGGGGCACUGGACGAGCUGGAAGGUAUUGAUGACCGAGUUUAUUUUGCUGCUUUGGAUCUUUUUGUGAACCGUUGUGCGAGGGAGACAUUCUUGACUCUUGGAGUGGAAAAGCGUUUGACGUGGCUGCAGAGGAAGUGUUUGACCUUGACGAAUGCUCGUAUCUAA